UAGACUUUUAAUUAUAAUCCAACGAGUGUGGUAUUGACGAAUUAGAGUGUCAUUACUCGCAACUCUGCUAGAAAGGGCGAUAAUGGAUUUGGAAAAGUCUUAUGGCAAUAUCAGCGUUUUUGGUGUGUUGUGGUGCACACUUCUAUUACUCUGUGUAUACCCAUGCGCGCACGCACACAUACACAUAGACACACAUGCAUAUUUUCAUUGAUUGUUGUUUCAUUGAUUGUUUUUUUUUUCUUUUUUUACCUUCUUUUCUUCCAGAUGCACCCUUCUAUAAUUAAAAAAGACAACAAGCUGAAGCACACAACCGUGUCUCCAUCUGUGUUUGGGUGUCCUCUCUGCCCCGUAUACACCACUAAAAAUGAAAGUGUCAUCCAGAAGCACUUGCUGAAUCAUGUGUUAAACGCAGUGCAUUUCAAUGAAAUGAUCAUCUGCAGAUGCAACCUGCGCUGCAGAGAUGGAGGCCAUUUUCACUGUCCAUUUUGCGGAACUACAAUAAUCCGGAAAGACUCAAUUAUAAUGCACCUUAUAGAGUGCAAAAAUAAAUAUGAUGCGGCCCAACUCACACUGGCUCCACCUUCCCAACUGCCCUCACCGGACACCCACCCUGCUGCUGUUUUAUCAUCAGUGAGCGUGGAACAUUCGUAUUCACUUCCAGUUUCUGUGUUGGCCGUGAAAAUUGACCAUUCCUACACGCAAACCGCAUCCUCUAACACCCCUGCUGUUGCUCCACUUGAACCAGAAGAGCCAGAUCUCUCUCGGUCGCCCCCAGCUACAAACUCAGAGGAGCCCAUUGCUUCAGAGGAACCAGUCACUGGGGAUGUGCCACCAACCCAUGUAAAGUGCCCACACUGCACAGUUGUCUUGUACAAAAGGAAUUUGUUUUUACAUGUCCAAAGAAAACAUGUCAAAACAAAAGACAUAACAGCACAAUAUCACUUACAAAGUACGACUGUUGACCAAAGUAACGGCCUCUAUGCUGUUAGAAAAACUUAUAGAGGAUUCAACGUUCCAGUGCAUGUGCAGCGCAAGACAUUGGAUCAACAAAAUGUGACGAGAUGUGAGAUGGAGGAUUGCAGACAAUACCACCUGCUCGCAGAGCAAAGUGGCCUCUCUCCCAGCUUGUGCCAUCACGUCCGUUCCUUGGAUUACUGUAGCACCACCGCCAGUGAGGAGCAACUGGACCACCAAGUCCUCCAGGAAGUGGCGGAAAGCCUUUUUUUUGCCGACUCUACAGUAGCCGAGUGCAAAGCAAGGCAACGAGAAGCAGAGGAAGCACAUGUCCCUUUGUCUGUCCUCGUUGACCUUUCUAGUUCUAAAAAUCACAUAUGCAUUUCCGUCCAUGAGCCCAAAUUACACCAUUACAGCUCGCUAGGGAGAGUCUUUGUAAACCAUAACAUAAGAAAAAACACCUGGCAUUGUCCCUGCGCUAAGGCACUUGCAUCUUGUGUUCACAAAUACAUUGCAAAGUGGCACCUUUUCCAGACACACAAACACCUUUUUGAGACUGUGCAAACAACCACCACAUCACCAACAACAACAACUCACUUUUGCCAGUCACCCCACUGCAGAGAUGGGGAGAAGUGUGAGGUGUGUUUACCAGUACAAAAGAAUACCAACCAUUCUCCCUGAAGAAGUUUCCCUCGGGGGUUGCUUCGUAUUGAAAGAACCUGUAUGCUCUGUGAAGAAAAUCUAUAAACCUGAGGAGGCUGUUCAAAUAACUAACACAGCCACAGUAGAUGGAAUGGGAGGAUUACCACAAAAUUUUGAUCAAAGUGAUUCAAGAAGAGGGCCUGACUAGGCUGAAGGCAGACACCACCCGCCACCACAUAUCAAGAGAGAUCAGGAUGGCCAGUGGGAACCUGGAGACACCUAUUAAUUGUUUUGUUUUGUUUUCAUUGCUGUAUGUUUAUUUGUCUGUUCUCUGUUACACUGGUUUACACUGAUAAUUAACACAUUUCUAGACCAAG